AUGGCGUCCUGCAAUCACAUGGAGCGGCUGGCGAUACACAGCUUGUACAAAGUCGCUAUCCUAGGCUUAAUAUGUGCAGUCGUGGUAUCCGGGGAGGAUGCGGUAUCAUCGAAGUGGAUCAGUCGAAAUCUCCUAACCAAGUCUACCUUGAGUAAUUACCCGUACUGCAAGUGCGAGACGUACAGCUGUCGCAGCUCACCGUACACUAUGUCGUAUGUAGGCGCGUACCCGGCGGCUGCUGGCACGAAGCACUGCUUCGCGGUUGGGUACGUGGGUUGCACUGCGGCGAACAGCACCUGCUGCGAGGCUCUGAACCGCAACGUGUACAAGAUGUCCAUCGCGAUAGGUGCGAGCUGCGUGAAGCCGGCCAUGAGCCAGGUGGAGAUCAACGGCCGCUCGUGGCCCACAUGGUCCACCGUUUCCAAUAAGCGGGGAACUGAUGACCAAGGUGCGGUCGUAUACGGGUACGACGUCCGUAUCUACAACAUGCAAUUCAACAUGACUACAUUCCCCGGGAGCACCGUCUGCAUAACCACCACGGAGCCCUGCUCCGGCAUCCAACAGCUGUGUGACAGCACCGCAGGGACCUGCAAUCAGAUACCGGACCGUGUUAUUUCGAACCUCACCGAUGCGCUGAAUGCAGCCGGGGUGGCCAUCCGCGAAGUCUUUGUCAAGCGGAAAUGCACCGAGAACUACAACCCCGAAGAACCCAACGAGCCGCAGCUCUUGGUAUGCGGCUCAUUCGAUGUGCCCAACGACCUCGCCGCCUUUCAGGAACUCCUGAGCGGCCUGACGGCAGGCUGGGUUUCAUCAGUGGCUGGCGUACCCGUGGUCCCUGGAAUUAACAACGAUACCAGUUGCCCUACUGGAAAGGAGGGAUACGGCUUUGACGGCACUGUGUUUUCUACAGCGGAUAGCGCCCAAUGCCCUUUUGCUUUCUCUGAAAAAAACUGCACCGAACGAUAUGCGCCAUUUCCAUCUCCGCCGUUGCCGCCGCCAGGUUCACCUAUUCGAUACGUAAAGACGCACAAUUGUUCCCAAGCAGCCUCCCAGGUGCCGUACCUUCUCACCCCGGUCGAGUCAUACAACACUACUUACGGGCGCGGUGAGCAGGUGGUUGCUAUGUGUACGACGUUACAGAAUGCUGGAAUGACCUGUGGCCGCAAGUCCAGGUGUUGCGGAAUGGACGCUGCUAAGGUCGAGGUCAUCAUGAAGCCCUCCUGCCAGGGCGCCCUCCGUAGCAUCACCGUCAACGGAAAGGAAAUUGCUUACAGCCGAAGCUUCUACCCGGACUUUACAUCGCUCAAGUUUGUGAAGCUGCCGACGUUGGGCGACCCCGAUGGAAUGCGACUCUGCUGGUACGCGUCGCCUGGUCCAUGCGGCACCCCUAGAGGAUUUUGCUACAAUGGACGGUGCCAGGCGAGCAUCUUUUCGCUGGACAACAAAUGUUGCCCUACUUUUAUCAUUUAA